AUGUCACGAUGUCUUUUGCUUGACGGUGCCCUCCCUGACCCCUUCUCUGGGCUCUUCUCAACACAAAGAGAAAAAGGAAUCAAGAAACGCAAUGGAACGCAUACGGAACUGGGCAAGAAAGGUACCCCUCAGAGCAAUCUUCCGGGGUAUUUCCUCCGAGAUACAAAACAUCCGCUCGCUUAUCCUCUGCGAUACAUUGAAGCUGCGUUUGACAUUGUCCAGGCUGAAAAGGGGAGGAAAACAAGACUGCCGUAA